AUGGAGAGAGCCAGGCCAGAGCCGCAGCCUCAGCCGCGCCAACUGCCACGGGCAACCCCGCCGCGCCCGCUCCGCCCUGCUCCUCCCCAGCUGCCGGUCGAGGGCGCCUCCUUUAGGGCUGAGGCCGCGGAGCUCCCGCCGUCGCCGCCCACCCCGUGCGCGGCCGCCAUUGCGACCGUGGCCUCGUCGUGCAGGGAGGCCCAGGCGUCGGGUGUACAACCCGCGGCACGGCGGCUGCUGCAGGUGAAGCCGGAGCAGGUGUUGCUGCUGCCGCCUGGGCCACCACUGGCUCAGGCCCGGGACGAAGGCGUCGUCGCUUCUCCCGCGCAAGCACGGCUGCUGCAGCUGAGGCCCGAGCUGCUGCUGCUGCCACCGCCGCCGCCCGCGUCCGACGGCGCCCCCUGCAGACCCGAGUUGCAUCCAGUGCAGCCCCGGGCGCUGCACGUCAAGGCCGAGAAGCAGGAACAGGGGCCCGGCUUGGAUCCGUCGGCGGGGACGCGAAGGCCUGUGGAGGCGGGCCCUAGAGCCUCCAGGGCGGCCAAGGUGGAAGGCCCGGGGCCAGCUCUCGACUGGCGCCGAGGGGACGAGAAGAAGGGCAAGUUGGAGGCGGAGGAGGUCAUAAGGGACGUGGCGAAAGGCGGGGAAGGCAAAAACCUGGCGACCAUCAGAGAAGGAGUCAUCAAAACGGAGGAGCCCGAGAGACUCCGCGAGGACUGCAGGCUGGGCACGGAGCCCGCGUCCAAUGGCCUGGUCCAUGGCAGCAGGGAAGCCAUCCUAGCCCAGCCAUCCAGUGCCUUUGGGCCACACCAGCAAGACCUCAGGAUCCCUUUGACUCUCCACACGGUCCCCCCUGGGGCCCGGAUCCAAUUUCAGGGACCUCCACCUUCAGAGCUGAUACGGUUGACCAAGGUCCCCUUGACACCAGUGCCUAUUAAAAUGCAAUCUUUACUGCAGCCUUCUGUAAAAAUUGAAACCAAAGAUGUCCCGCUCACCGUGCUUCCCUCAGAUGCAGGAAUACCAGAUACUCCUUUCAGUAAGGACAGAAAUGGUCAUGUGAAGCGACCCAUGAAUGCAUUUAUGGUUUGGGCAAGGAUUCACCGGCCAGCACUAGCCAAAGCUAACCCAGCAGCCAACAAUGCAGAAAUCAGUGUCCAGCUCGGGUUAGAGUGGAACAAACUUAGUGAAGAACAAAAGAAACCCUAUUAUGAUGAAGCACAAAAGAUUAAAGAAAAGCACAGAGAGGAAUUUCCUGGUUGGGUUUAUCAACCUCGUCCAGGGAAGCGAAAACGCUUCCCUCUAAGUGUUUCCAAUGUAUUUUCUGGCACCACACAGAAUAUCAUCUCUACAAAUCCUACAACAAUAUAUCCUUAUCGCUCACCUACCUACUCUGUGGUAAUUCCCAGCCUACAGAACACCAUCACUCAUCCAGUUGGUGAUGCCCCACCUGCCAUCCAGCUGCCCACACCUGCAGUCCAGCGCCCAAGCCCCAUCUCACUUUUCCAGCCCAGCGUCUCCAGUGCUACCCAGGUGGCCGUCCAGGCUCCAAGUCUGCCCCUCUGCCCGGCAGUCCCACCCCAGGGCUUUGCUGGGCCCUCCCAAACAGACACUCAUCGGCUGCAUUCCGGAGCCAGUCGCUCUGUGAAGAGACCCACUCCAGUCUCUCUGGAGAACACCAACAGGAUCCCAACUAGUGCAAGUACUGCCCAUGCCAGAUUUGUGACCUCAACCAUCCAACCUCCCAAGGAGUAUCCCAGCGUUUCCACUUGUCCCAGAAGUGCUCCAAUCCCCCAGGCUCCUCCUAUUCCACACUCACAUGUCUACCAGGCUCCUCCCCUUGGCCAUCCAGCCACGUUGUUUGGGACACCACCACGAUUUUCUUUUCAUCACCCUUACUUCCUACCUGGACCUCACUACUUCCCAUCAAGCACGUGCCCUUAUAGUCGGCCUCCCUUUGGCUAUGGAAAUUUUCCAAGUUCAAUGCCAGAAUGCCUUGGUUAUUAUGAAGACAGGUACCAAAAACAUGAGGCUAUGUUUUCAGCUUUAAAUAGAGACUAUCCUUUUAGAGACUACCCAGAUGAACGUACGCACAGUGAAGAUUCUCGGAGUUGUGAGAGCAUGGAUGGGACCUCUUACUAUAACAGUCAUAGCCACAGUGGGGAAGAAUACUUAAACCCCAUGCCUCAGCUGGACAUUGGAGCCUUGGAGAACGUCUUCACAGCCCCAACAUCAACUCCCUCUAGCAUCCAGCAAGUCAAUGUCACUGACAGUGAUGAGGAGGAAGAAGAAAAAGUGCUCAGGAAUUUAUAAUUUUAAAACAAAUAUGCACAGAAAAUAAACAUUUCUUAAAAUAUAUUCUGGGU